UCAACAGCUUUCGAUUUCAGUUCGUGUUGCUGUUUCGAACUGCUCGGUUGAAGGCGGAAAAAUCGAAAAGUGCAAAGUGCAAAGUGUCAAUGAGUCAAGUGUUAAUUAAAUAAAAAAUAAAAAAAAUAAAAGCAAAAUUAUUUGCAAAUUAAUACCAAGCAAAGAGGAAAUGCAUACACACAGCGACGUCUCGAAGCGUUGCUGAUGGGGAAAAGUGAAAUUGCUGUGCGUGUGCGGGGGAAAAUGUUCCAUGGUUUAAGUAAGGCACAGUGAAAAAAUAAUUUCCGCAAGUUAAAAUUUGCAAAGUUUUGCAAUUAUAAAAACUUCAAAACUAAACAAAAAAUAAUGUUUCCAAUAUUGGCGCAUGGAAAUCUGCAACGCUUGCGGCAUAAACCCAUCUGGGUGCUGUUUCUGGUGAUUUUCUUUGUUAUUGUUUUGGAUAAGACAGCAACAGCGACGACCGAGAAUGAAGUAACAACAACGCCAGAACCAGAUGCUUCACCUGGCUGCAAGGCACCCGAUAUUCGCUUCACUGUCAUACGUCCAGAAACCACCACUGAGCAACCGUAUGCAAAAUUCGAGACAACUCAGAUUUAUCUACCGGAGGAUUAUACCACCUCCGAUGCGGAGUUUGUCGAAAGGAUUAACAUAGAUCUGACCGCCCGUCAGCCUGGCGUCAACGACAAUAAGAUGAGCGCUAUCGUUAAUCCCUACCAAGUCGAACUGGAUGACCAGCACGGCCUGGCAGGGAUGCACGGUGCUGAUGACGCACUCGCCGCCAUCGACGACGAGGAGGACGAGGCGGCCGACUCCGAAGAUGGCACACGCAAACGCAAUCCGAAUCGCAAGCUGAACAAGAAACGCCGCUCUGGCGGUGGACGUCGCCGCCGCAUAGAAAACGAAAAUGGGCAAACACGCGGUCGCGGCAGCCGAUAUAAGCGUCAGGUGAUCCAUCAUGAUCCGGAUGCAUCGCCAGACACAGACAAGUGGGGUGGCAGCAAGUUAGCUGCCGAGGGUGAUGUUUACUAUGUACAUAUUGACGACAUACUCGAGUCGGGUACACCGAAUGCUGAGCUGCGCUUGAAAUUGCAUAAGUUGAAACGCAAAAGCAAAUCAAAGAAUUCCACAUGCACCGACGACGUCAACAAGGAGCAAUGCAAGCAGACAUUGUCGAAGAAAAAGAAGAAAAAAGCGAACACAACCGACUUAACCAAGCAAAAGGUGGGCGAGAAGGUGAAGCAGACACAAGACAAGAAUGCCAACAUAAAACAGCAUCAUCGAAGACGUGGUGACAGUCAUGAGGAUAAACGCGGUGAACAGCGAAUGCAGCAGGCAAAUCGGAAUUUGAAUUUGAAUUCGAAAUUACGAUAUCGCCGCGAUACAAUCGGGGAACCAAGGCUGCAGGCUGCUAUGACUGCAGCUAAUGGCACUGACAGCUACAAUGAUUUGGAAACGGAGGCGGUGAAUGCGAUGGCUAAUAGCGACUUGGCUGCGACAACAAUUUGGCGUGGCAGUAGCAAUGGCGAAAACAUAACGAAUAAUUAUAUUAAAAUGAGUAACGAGCAGCUGCCGGGCGAUGGCGAUGUGCCGGCGGUGUAUGGCAAUGAGACGGGCGCGGAGGCGCUGCAGCGCGUCAAACGCAAGUCCGGCAAGACAACCGGCGCAUUGAGUCGCCCCAAGGGCGGCGGAGAUUCCAGCUCGAAGACGACAAGUCGCAAGGAUAAGGGCAUUUACGAUGAAGAAGGUGGCUACUCACCUGUACAUCCCGAUGAAGCUGAAGAGGAUGAGGAUGAAGAGGAAGAGGAAGAAGUUGAUAUUCAACAACAAUUCACUGAAGUCUCCGAAAUACGUUUCCCUGGCGAAAUUGGACCAUUGGGCGAUAGAAGAUUGUGCAAAAUACGUUGCGUCAAGGGCAAAUGGGUGGGACCGUUGUGCGCCACCAAUGAGGAGGAUGAUAAUGGAAAUGUGAAAUUUCAGCCCCUAUACAAGAGUUGCCAUGUAAAUCGAAUUCCACCGCAUUUACUGUUGAGCUAUCGUAACAUUUCAGUGACCCCGAUACCGUCCAUAAGAGGGUCACGUCGCAAUCGUACUUCCAAAUCGACUUUUAUUUCCAAUACACAAAUUAAUGUCGGCUGGGACUUGCCACAUGGACACUCAUUGCAGGCACGCUGCAAAGAUCUAGGCAUGUACAAACUACUUGGCGAAUCGCGCGUGCUUUGCUCGAACGGUUUGUGGGCACCGCGUAUGCCGUCCUGUGUGCCCACCACCUUGCUGACCAAUUUCUCCGACGAUAGUGCACCCUCUAUUCGGAUCAAAGUCUUCAAUGGCUCUGGCGCAUUUGAACCAUCGGGCGUUAUGGCCGUAUUACCGCAGAGCACAAUUCUUUUGGAUUGCAUGUAUCCACGUGUGCGUGGUAUACCCGAGUGGACUUGGACCAGCUGGUACCAGCAAUAUGCAACUGGUUGGUCACACGAAGAUAAAAAUCUACGCUAUCGCCUAACAAUUAAGGACAUACAAAACAGUGAUUCCGGCACAUUUACGUGCACUUCACCGCGCGGCUUGACCAAUAGCAUUGCAAUCGUUGUGGCCACCUCGACAUGUCCGCAGCUACCAGAACCGGUGCCGCCGCUCACGCUACGCUUGGAGGGUAAUAAGCUCGGACAGCGCGCCAUGUAUCGCUGCCCUCCAGGUUAUCGCAUCGAUGGUAUUGCGAAUGCAACGUGCUUAGCCUCGGGUAAUUGGUCAUCGCCGCCGCCCACUUGUCAGGCUGUGCAGUGUCCCCGUUUGGCAUUGGACGAUCCCCAUUUGAGUUUGGUCGAGUUGAAUACGUCGGCGUGGGGGCGGGCGAUGUUCAAAUGCCAGUGGGGCUUUAAGCUGACCGGCCCGCCGAGACUGGACUGUGAGCCGACGGGCGUGUGGAGUGGCCCAGUACCGCGUUGCAAAGCCAUCCAAUGUUCGACGCCGGUGGCGCCGCUAAAUGGACGAAUCGGUGGUACCAAUUUAAAUCAGCGUCGUCUCACUGUCGGCGCUUUGGUCACAUUCAGCUGCAACGAGGGACACACGCUGAUCGGCGAGCCAAGCAUCAUAUGCACAGAGACUGGACUCUGGUCGCAUUCGCCACCAUUUUGUCAAUCACAAUGUCCCUACCCCGGCGAUCCACCAAAUGGUCUAAUAGCGCCGCUCAAAUUCAAUUAUGAUUCCGGCGAUUACCUGAGCGUUCAAUGUCGUCCAGGCUUUGUGCAGUACAGUGAGAAUGGUCCGCCCGAACGUCCGAAAUGUCAACCGGAUGGUAAUUGGUCCGGUCCGGUGCCCAAAUGUCGCAGCUAUGAGGAAGUGUAGCUAAUCAAAAUGGCGGACAUGAUGAUGCCGGAGUCAUCUGAUGAGUCCACGCAACUACAAUAUCAGCGUGAAUAAAAACAACAACAACAACAACAAGAGGAAAAUUGGCUACGGUAUUAGCAGCGCAUAUCUACAUCAAAUGUAGAUAAUACAUACAUAUUUAUGUUUGUAUGAGUAUGCAGUUAAAUGAAGCGUAUAAAAGUCGGACUAUAUAAGGAAAACAGCAACAACAACCACAACAAACAUUUAUGGUCAUAAUUUCAGACUUGUAUGUAGAAAAACCGAUAAAAAAAAAAACAAAAAAAAUAACAACAAAUGUUGGCGAAUAAAACAACAGUACACACACGCACACACAUCGGAUUUUGUUGCAGUAGUGUACCUUAAGGUAAAAUGGUUGGGUCAAAUACGAUGUACACCCACACAAUCACACGGCAUAUUUUCGGCUACACACACACACACACACACUCUUACACAUUUACCAGAAUAAGAACGAUCGUGAAAUGUAAACACUUCCUUAUUCUAUCUAUCUCAGCAAACAUAGGUUUAGCUUUUGAAAUGUUUUUCUCAAAUUUGAAGUAUUUGAGUAAAGUCGUCUCUAUUUAUAAUUAAGAAUUAAGAAAUUUAAAAAUGUGGCUUA